AGGAACCCCUUUGCCUUUCGUAGCAAGAACUCAUUAUCCUGCUAUAUUAAACAAUGCCUCCAAGAUGAUCCAUAUUGUCCCCGUCGUUCUUAUUCGUUAAUGUUUGACUUCGAAAUAAGUAGCCUGAUCGUGGAUCAUUAGUGUUGACAUGCAACCACGUGACAGAGGAGCAGGACGAUAGUCCUCACGUCACUUGGAAAAAGAAACUAGAGCUGACCUCAGCACUUUGCUACAAUGGCCACCGCGGCUGGUUUUUAAGUAACACCUCCAAGCACGACCGAAGGUUAGUUAGUUUUUUUGCUCACACGGACUCCGCAGCAUCAUGGACGCCACUCGUAUGCGCCAGCUGUUCGAGGAACAUCCUCGGGAGAACCAUCGGGCCCGGGAAGCCGUAGUGGCGCAAAUUCGGGGCAAUCUCGACUUGAACUACUCGGCCCUCGAAGUGUGUUACAUACUGCACGAGGUCCUGACGUCUCCACUCGGGGAGCCGCUCUGCAGCAGCUCGGAAAAUAAACUAGUGGAACAGACGUCAAGUCUUCAGGUUGCACUGGUCAGCGAUGCGAACGGGGAUCCCGCAAGAAAAUUGCCGCUUCUGAAGAUGCUGGAUCACACAGAAGACGCUCUGAAGUUACUUCUGGUCUGGUUGAACAAAAAAUUGCCGCAGCAGAGUGACACCGCAAAGGCCGCCAUCCUCCAGUUCGCGCAGACAAAAGUGCAGGCAGGGCUUUUGCAGUGUCGCGCCGUGAAGGUUGCGGGCUCUGACAAAAAGGAAAGUCCGCAAGAAGACGAAAAGGACGCUGCCCGGGAGCGAGCCACGAGUCGUGGCUUGUCUACGGUCGACGGUGAUGGAAACGAACCGACCAUUCCAGACCGGAUGGUGGAACUGAAGCACAAUUGGCCGGGGGACAAUCAUUUAUUUAACCAGGCACGACAUGCAGGUCAGCCCGCCGGCGAAGGACCCACGAAGGAACAUCAAGUAGCUGCUUCUUCUUCAUCCAAGCGAGGCACAAAAACUACCGAUGACGCAUUGACAAGCAAGAAGGGCAACAAAGGCAAAUUUCGAUCGCCGAAAUUGAAGAUUCCGACCAGCCUUGUGACGGUGUUCUGUGAGCACGUGAACUACGUACCAUCAGAAGAAGUUCUGCGCCACUUUGCGGAGACCCUUUCCCUGGAUGAGUUUGUGGAUCUAGUUGCGAAAUGCAAGGUCGGCCUGCCGAGGUCCGCGCUUCCCUGUAGCAGUGAGUUCAUAAAAGAGGAGGAGUGCAGGCAGAUGGGGUGCAUGGAGCUUCUUUUACGCGCGAAGGAAAACAGCGGCAACAAAACGUUCAGCUUGCAAAAACUGGCCGAUGCCUCUAUCCAUUGGAAACGCGCCGGCUUGGCUUUGCAGCCAAGCUUGAAGCUGGCUCAAGACUGGGGAAUGUGGCGACUGCCGGAUUGGUUUGCCUUUCUCAAAAGAGAAUUUCCCGACACCGAAGACGACGCCGUUCUGUCCUACCUUCGCUGCAAGGACAUGCUUGCAGGCGCGAACACACCAAAAGUUUGCUGCAAAGUCGGACCGCGGUUGGACUUACGCUUGUUGUUCAGCUACGCCGACGUCGGGGUGAUAGCCCAUCCAACGAGUAGCAUGGCGUCCACGGUGGAUAAACACCAGCCGGUGCGCACCUUCUGGGUCGAUGCGGUCUGCACGAAAGGGGCCCUUCCCUUAACCGAUGUUGAAUGGGCCGAGUACCAAGUCGCGCUGGACUGCGAAUGGUGGAACCCGCGGCCGAUCUCGCUUUUGCAGUUAGCGGUGCGAAAAUCACCGACGCCGGGGGUGGUCUCCGACGGGUAUAAUACGGAACAUGCUGGGAGUAGGGGCUUAUUUGGCGCUUGUCCGGCAGAAACAAUAACAAACAUAAACAAGCCCAUUGUGCUAUUGUUCGAUCUGACCUCUCAUCUUUGCCAAGAGGUUUUGCACUGGCUCCGGAAAGCGCUGCUCUCGGCCAGCAAAUGUUUUCUGUUCAGCGGCGCCGAGGACAUUCGACGACUUAAGGCGCAUGGCCUUUUGUUCCCCGAUGAUGUCGACGCUGCGUCGCCGCCUUCAGAACUUCUACACCAUGGAACAAAAAAUAACAGUGUGUUGAAAGCGACGAGCAUGAAGAGCAAAUAUCCGCCGAACUGGCUCGAUUUGCAGUUGCACUACUUCCCGGGGCAGCAGCCCUCGCUCGAGCGUGUCGCGGAAUCGGUUUUAUCGGAAAAGCUUUGCAAGAAAGUCCGCGAAAGUAACUGGGACCGGCGACCGCUGCUCUGCGCGCAAAUCCAGUACGCAGCCCGAGAUGCCGCCGUGCUCUUCGAUCUGAGUGACGCCUUGGCCUCCAAGCAUGUAGUCCGUGGGGACGAACCAAGCAGGUUCAAUAGUAUAAUCCGCGGGCCCCGGGAGGUGCAGACCGAAACCGUGUUGCGGGACCAAGGACUGAUCACCCACCAGUAUCUGCUCCAGAAGAAGAACCUCGAGGCUUGCUGUCCGGAGUCGAACAAGGUGUUCCACGACGAAAACGGGGAGCCCUUCGGCCCCGAGAAUGUGCCAAAAUUUUGCGCGCACAACAUGGAGCGAAAGUUGAUCCGGAAGUUCCGUGGCCUCGGAAUCGAUAUCCUCGAGGUGGAGGGACGAGUGACUGCACUGAAACCGCUCCCGGGCCGGGUGCUCCUGUUACGCGACCCGCUCUUGGGCAAACGCAACAAAAUCGAACAAAUGGAGAGCGAGUCGGCACCUUCCGGGUCCUCCUGCGAGGAGGACGGUAACGAGGCCAAAAACCAGGAAACCCAGGCUGCUCCUGCGCCCGGCGCUCCGGAUGAAGCAGCUCUUGAUGUUGACGUGGCCCAACGCCCUGCGUCGGAACAUCAAACACCUCCGACAGGUCCUGGCCAAGACGAAGCUCUAGACGUACCUAGUCGUCCAAGAAAUCAACCUAAAAAUUCUGAAGGAGAGCAAAACUCAAAUUCGCUAGCGUUCUUAGCCAAUGGCAAUGGCUGCACCUUUGCGUCUGAGGUGGGUGAGGGCGAGUGGAACAAGGGGAGCGAUGAUGCGAACAAUGAAGAUGGCAACACCAGCUCGACGACGGCGGCUUCGUCGGGCGGGACUCCUGGUCUAUCAACUUCAACAGCAGUGGCCGCAGCCCGCGUGGUGGAAGUGGGUGACUUGACAACCAAAAAGCCCAAAGUCGACAAGGUGAACCCCGUGAGUUUUAUCCCAAACGUGUACACCAUCCAGGCGGGACCGAAAAUUAUCGACAUGGUAUUGGAGGUGGUGCGCUUUUUCGAGAUGCAGAUCACCGCAGAAGACUUCUGCAAUCGUUGCGUGGAUUGUAACGCCAGCGACUGGCAAUUGGUUACAGACAAAAUGGACAUCAAAGGCGACGUCGAAGAAGCGGUUUUCGAAAAUCAGUCGGUUUUCUACCGGUGCGGUGGGUGUCGCAAGGUGUACUGGGAAGGUCACACUUUCGAGAAAGCGUGCUCGGACCUGGAAGUGCAUUUUCCGUCCUUGAAGGCGGAGGAAGUGCGGGGUUUUAAGGCGCAAAAAUUGAUGCAGCAAGAGGGGGAGGACAAUUCCGUGGCCGAGGAAGAAGAGGAAGAGCAGUAAUUAGGCGGACCAAAGUCAAGCGAAAUUUGAAGUAAAGCGAGUGAUGCGAACUUUUUCUUGAUAAAAGCCAAAGCGAUACGGAUUAUACGGUCAAGACCCAGAAAGUAAACGGGUGCGCUUGAAACCCUAUCAGCAUUCCGGAAUUCGUAUAUUGGCGAGCGACUACGACAUCAAACCGAUUACAACGCACAGUUGUGUAUUGCUAGUUCUUUUCUGCGACGACCUCUAGCAGUGAUUUCUCCUUGUCAACAUUUUGACAAGAGCAAUGCGCAAUAGCAAUACAAGGUCAAUGCAGUGAAGGCAAAGGUGUUCCCGCCCUGAUGUUUGUCACUGGCGAUUCUACUCGCUCACGAUCUUGUCGUUCAUAUGCUUGUUCAUGCUGCUGGGGAAGUACAAAUAGU